AAAGAUCCAAAAAAAGGAAACGAUUGGAAUAUUUUUUUAAAUUGGAAGUUCUCCCCAGGCCCUUUCUUAACUUAGCGGGGUUUCAAGCGAUCGUCGUUGGAGUUUUGCGUCACGUGUGUAAACUCGUUCUGUGAUUGGCUGUAAUGGCUUUAAAAUAGUUGUGGAGGGAAAAAACGAAAUUCUGACAAAGACAACACAUGCCAGGGAAAAAGAAAGACAAAAUCACACCAUUAUUCGGUUGAUCUUCCCUGUCUUUUUCAUGAAAGAAACAGCAAUGUCUGCUGCUGCUUUAGUUGGUAGCUUUGACGAUAUAGUUCGCUCAGCAGCGAUUUUAAGCGAGGGAAUCGAGGGAGAGUUCUUGAAGUUUGUACUACAGCAAGAAGACUGCCGUAAAAAGUGGUUAGAAACUGAGAAUAGCUGUGUUAAACUGAAACAAGAGAUUACUAAAUUGAAGGCGGAAAACGAAGCCCUUGAUGUCAAGCUAAAGCAUGCUCGAAAUCAGAUUGAAAUCGAAAUCAAGAAAAGAAUGAAGGCAGAGGCUGCACAGGACCACUUGGACCGACAAGUGGCACUGAUAAGGGAGCUGCUGACUGACAAAGAAACAAUGAGUCGACUGAAUGAAAAUGAGAGGCAAACCCUGAUGCAAUCAAUUCAAGUCAGUCAAAUGCACAAUGAUGAUCAGCGGAGCCCAAGAAAAAGACCAUAUUAUGGUAUUGAUGAAUCAUCAGCAUCAAUUCUGUCACCAUCUGAUAUCAGCUAUGAUACCACUGCUGAUGAUCUUGAUGAACCAGCCCCUCAAAAGAAUGUGCAUACCUAUCUCAAAAGUGAACCUUCUGCUCCUUCAGUUGAUGAGCUUGGGGGAGGAACUCCACCAAAGAAAUUGAAGACUUCCAUUGAUCAUGUGAUUCAGGAUAAUGUUGUUGCUGGUACCAAGGUUACAGUCAGUCCUGAUGGCCCUAUUAAAGUAUCAGCAUUUGUGAACACAUUACCAAGUCCUAACAGACCAACUAUCAGACCUGAAGAUAUUAAUGAUGUAGGUUUACCAAAAUCUAACUUGUAUCCUGCUCUUCCUGUUUCAAGAACACCAUCAACAAGGGAGACUCCAAAAAGCACUAACAGCAUCAAAACUGGAAAGAGAAAGAAGUCGCAUAUCUUUUGCUCCAAGACUGUAAUCAAGCCAGAAUCAUGUCAACCAUGUGGCAAGAGAAUAAAGUUUGGAAAGUUGGCUUUCAAAUGCAAAGACUGCCGUGCUGUGUGCCACCCAGACUGCAAAGAUGCAGUGCCACUUCCAUGUAUUCCUUCAAAUUUCACUCCCGGUUCUGGUCAGAAGAGACCGGAAGAAACCAUUGACUUUUAUGCUCCAUCAACAAGUCCAAUGAUACCUAACAUUGUGAUCGAAUGUGUUCAAGAAAUUGAAAAGCGAGGCCUUACUGAGGUUGGUCUUUACCGUGUCCCAGGUGCUGAGCGCACCGUCAAAGAAAUCAAAGAAAAGCUCCUCCACGGAAAGAUGAGAAAAUUGCAUGACGAGAGCGUCGAUAUCCACGUUAUUUGUGGGGUACUGAAGGACUUCUUUCGUAACCUUGCUGAACCUAUCAUCACUUAUCAGCUUUGGCAGUCAUUUACGAGUGCCGCAGCUAGUCAAGAUGAUAUUGAUAGCAGCAGUGCACUAUACCAGGCAGUAAGCGAGCUUCCCCAAGCCAACAGAGAUACACUGGCGUUUUUGGUUACGCAUCUUCAGAGGGUCUCUCAGUGCCACGAAUGCAAAAUGACCGUCCAGAACUUAUCCAAAGUGUUUGGUCCUACAUUAGUCGGGCACUCAACGCCCAAUAUCGAGCCAAUUGACAUGUUACGGGAAGUGAAAUUACAACCACCUGUCUUGGAGAAAUUACUCGCUAUGCCUGUCGACUACUGGAACCAGUUUUUGAACGUUGACGAAAAUCUGCGCUCCCCACCCUACAACCCUAAUACUCACCGAUCAGACGGCACCCCCCUGACCCCAGAGUGCAGACCAGUGCCUCAAAGCAUGCUUGGACCGAUAUCUGCGACUCCCGGAAAAGGAUCCGUGAAAAAGAAGGGAAGUUUUCUCUCUCGAACGCCACUUACACCAAGGUUCGGAAGCAAGUCUAAAGUCCCGAAUAAGCGACCAACACACUUUUUCGCUUCUCCUAUGUUGAAGUAAUUGCAAGCAAAGAUGGCGUAGAAAUUCUUUAAUAUUAUAAAAUUCUAAUGCAUGUAGAUCCCUUAAAUGUUAGACAACUUUGACAUUAUCUAAACCAUCUACGAUGUUUUAUAUAUUUCCUUUGUUAUAGUAAUACACUUUUUUGUUGUUUUUUUCUUUUUUUAGAUCCUAAAAUAAUCGAUAUUUAGUUACCAGUUGGGUGUAUAAUGCUCAACAUAGAUUUGGCGCUAAGUGGUAAAAUAUUUGGCCAUGACCACCGCAAAAAUAAGUAACUGUCGAACUUGGAAAUUAAAAUACUGUUUGAUUGGAAAGUCAUAAAUUAUGACCUUUUUAAAAAUAUUUACAUCCUACAUAACACCAAGAAUAAAUGAAUUACUAGAAUUAUAUUUUGAGGAAGACAAUUUUCCUCUUGAACGUGCUUCCUGUCAAGCAAAAGCUUGGGAAUCCGCCUACAAUUUUGUACCUUAGUUUUUACUGACGAUAACUAUUGGCUAUCUAUUUGCCACUGUAUUCAAUAUGCAAUAAGCUUUGAAUGUUAUUGUGACUUAAAAUAUAAGAGAAUAUCAAAAGACACAGUAUUUUAUACCUUAAA